CGUACAUCACCAAUCUUUAUGUGGUGAAUCGGUGAUUGAAGUAAUAGAACAAAUUCUCUCGUUCACCAUCAAAACUCUGAAAGUGUUUAGAUCGGGGUUUGGGUUCUGUUUAUUCUUUGUUGUUUUCGAUUAAGGGUUCGAAAAAAUUGUUUUUUCGCAAUUGGUAGGAGGGGUUUCAAUUAAGGUUCUGUAUCCCUUCUCUGUGGAAAUUUGGGUUUCAAUUAGGGGUUUGAAGUCUUUUUUUCAGCAAUUGGUUUCAAUUUUGUGGAUUUGUGGCAGUGGGUUUUUGACGAUUGAAGAUUUGGGUUAGGCCUUUGGUAUUUGUUUUCCUUCAAUCUUGUUCUUUGAGAAAUAGAAGUUGAAAUCAUUCUCGGGAAUUUGUUUAAAGCUGGUGUUUUUUUUGGUGAUUGGAGAACUGGUUGUAGGAUUUUGAGCUAGUUUCUUCUUUUCUUCAUCUCUGAGAAACACCAGUUGGAAACGGUUUUCUGUAAUUCUGUUAUUUUGUUUUUGAUUAGGUAUUGAAUUGAAGGUUUUUGUGUUGUGUAGAAGAGGGGUUUUGAAGUUUGAAGACAGUGACAGUUGAAUUGGAUAGUAAGUUUGAGGUGUUUUGACUGUAACUCUUUGUGCUGGCUCAAUUGCAACUUUUGCAAAUUGGGUUUUCUUUGAGCAAUUUGGAAGAACUGCUAGUAAGGGUUCUGUGUGUGAUUGAAGAAGGAAAACUAGUGGUGUAGAAAUUUGAAUUUAGGACUCUGAAGUGGGGUUUCUGAAGUGGUGUUUCUGUGUGAUUGUAUAGGAGGUUCUGUGGUUUUUCAUUGAGCAGUUGUUGAAGGUUCUUGUUUUGUGUCUGGUUUCCAUCCCCUGUGAAGGUUUAAUUAGUGUUUUGUUGUAUGGUAUUUUGAGUUUUCAUUGGCGUUGAAAUCUUAAAGUCACAUACACUAAAUUCUAAUUCUUUUUGGGUUUUUGUUUUUCCCUACUUCAUAAUGCCUAUGUUGACUAGGUCUAAACAGGUGCAAUGCUUGAGUCUUAUAUCCCAAGGUUGUGAUUUACAAUCUGCUAACAGUUCUAGAGCUUUUUUUGUUUCUCCAGUGAGUUUCCUUUCUUCUCAGACAACAUCCACUUUUGUAUCACAAAAAGACAAGAUUCCUUGUCCCUUUAAAGGCUAUGAUGGAUGUCAUGGUGGAGUUGACGGUAAUGGGUAUGCCCGAAGUGCAAUCUAUAAACAUCUAACAGACAUGCACUUUCCUACAAUGGGUGAUAAGGAUACUUGAAGGGAGAGGAUAAGGUACAAUGCUGAGUGUUUCAGUGCAUGGGAGAAAGCCUUAUCUGCUAUGCAUUCAUGGCUCUAUAUUAAAUGUUUACAUAUCCAUGCAUGGAAGAAAUCAUGCCAUGAUUCAACCCAUUCUCAUGAAGUUGUUGUUGGUCCACUCAAUGGCAGUAGGGUUGAUUUCUUAAUCCAUGAUACUGUGAAGCCUCAGACCAAUCUGGUUGUUACGAAUGACAAUGUUGUGGAUGAAGCGGCUACAGGUAAUCUUACUAUUGAGAUGCUUGACCUAAUUUUUCAACGGCGAAUACCAACUACGGUUAGUAUCCCCCCUCCAUGUAGGCUGAAAUUUUCUAGAACCCUGAAAACUGCUUUAGAUAAUGUAUUAGCCAAAUCCCAAGAUUUGGUUGCUUGGCUUCGGCUCCUACUUCUACCUGUGUGUAUAUUGAAUUUGUAUAUGCCAAAGCUCUGUUGAGGAAAGAUCAGGUACAAGGAAGAAGUUGCAAAUAGCAGCAAUCAAUUAGGCUUUGGUGACAUGGUUGGAACCAAAUGGAUACUUUACAUUGGUUCAGAAAUUGCUGGAUUUAUCAAUGACAAAUAAUCAGCGCAAACAGUCUGCCAAGAGGAAAAAGAAAGAUGCUAACCUACAGGCCUGUAGGAAAAAGAUGAGUUAUGGUCACUAUACAUCGGCAAUUUGUGUAUUAUCUUCCAAUGGGGUGGCUUCUUCUACCCCUGACACUCUCUAUGAGUUACAGGAAAAACACCCAUAGACACCACCUCUGGUUAUCCCUUUGGACAAUAUCUCCGCAACUGCAUUAUCUGUUAAUUCCAACUCAGUUUUACACGCACUGAAAAGCAUCCCGAAAGGAACUGCAUGCGGUAGAGACGGUCUUAGAGCUCAACACUUUUUAGACGCUCUUAGUGGCGCAGCAGCAUCAGUCUCUGAUGAACUCUUACACUCCAUUGCUAGUGUAUUUAAUUUGUGGUUGGAUGGCAGAUGCCCUACAGUUCUUGGGGAGUAUGUGGAUAACGCACCAUUAACUCCCCUUCUCAAACCAGGCGGAGGGUUGAGACCCAUUGCGGUGGGUACAAUCUGGAGACGACUAUGUUCAAAACGGGCAGCUACAUCUAUGUGCAAGGACAUGACUUCGUACUUGGGGAAUGAUCAGUUUGGUGUGGGGAUACCGUGUGGCAGUGAGGGCAUACUGCAUUCUGCAAACAAACUAGUUGAACUGAAAGGUGGCCAAGAUAAUAUGAGUAUGUUGCUUAUAGACUUUAUUAACGCCCUACCAUAUCUAGAUGGGCCGAGUUUUGCUAUGCAAAACCAGCUUGACUUUAUUACAAUGACUCAGUCUUGUUAUCAGCAAAAGGAGUACAACAAAGCGACCCUUUAGGGCCACUAUUAUUUUAUCUCGUCCUACACCCACUGGUAAACAAGAUUGUUUCGGAAUGCAGACUCGAUUUACAUGCAUGGUAUCUUGACGAUGGCACCAUUGCUGGAGAUACUCUAGAGGUGGAUAAAGCUCUUAAAAUCAUUCAAGAGGAAGGUCCUGCAAGAGGCUUAUUUUUAAAUAUCAGCAAGACUGAAAUUUAUUGGCCAACAGUUGACCCGAGGAGAGAUAUAACCGGUGUUUUCCCUGCCAAUAUUAGUAAACCCACUAAGGGUGUCAAGUUACUUGGAGGACCAGUGAGUACCAACUUACAAUAUUGCAGCAAUCUGAUUGUGAGUCGAGUUGAGAAGUCAACACAGCUUAUGAACACUAUCAAGAAGUUGCAAGAUCCUCAAAGUGAGCUCCUCCUUUUACGUAACUGCACCGGUGUGUCUAAGCUAUACUUCACUUUACGUAAAACUUUCCCUUCAGCACUUCAACCAGCCACAAUACAGUUCGAUACAUCAAUGUUUCAAUACUUGCGAAACUUAAUAGUUGGGGAUGGGGAUGGUUUUGGUGUGAUUCAGCAGCGCAUGGUUACUUUGCCUAUUAAAGACGGUGGAUUGGGUGUUUAUACUAUGGCAGACACUUUCAAAUAUUGUUAUUUAGCAUCAUGUGCCCAGACUCGACACCUGCAGGAUGUUAUCUUACAACAUACAACCUCCUUUGAUGUAAGCCAACAGUAUCAUCAUGCUUUGCAGGUAUAUAUUCAAAUUUGUGGUUUAUCUCCUUCUCAAUUUAACAUCAACGAUGUUGCCCCGCAUUUGAUGAAAUCACUGGCAGCGACAUACUUUGAUGCGAUUAAGAAGGAACUUCCCAACAAGUAUUCACUAUCUGCGAGGGAUAUUGAUCUUUGGCAAUGUAAUAGAACGAAGCAUGCUAUGGAUUUUCUAAAAGUUGUUCCCAUUCAUGGGCUUAAUCAAGCAGUUGUACCUCGUCAGUUUCGUGCAGUUCUUAACUACAGAUAUUUGUUACAAAGCCGAUGUUCUCGCUCGCAAGGAGGUUUCUAUGGGUUUCUUGUCUGACACCGCUCAUGCCUUAAGGCCAGCAUAUUUACUCGUCUACAAUUGGGAAAAUGGUCGGGAUACGUGCUUUGAUGUAACGGGUGUCUCGCCGUUCACUAGUGCUAGAACUACUUCCUUCACCCCAGGACAUGCUAUUUCUGCGGCUGUUACUCGCAAAUAUAAUAAAUACCUAGACAAAUGCCUGACACACAGAUAUGAGUUUAGUGUUUAGGCUUUUUCAACAUUUGGUGAAUUGAGAGAAGAUACUUGUAUAUUUUUGAGUAGGUUGAAGAAUCGUCUUGCUAGUCAAGAUGCUAAUUCCAAAGUAGGAGGUUCUCUUUUUCA